AUGGCCCGGAGGAUCGUCCGAACCGCCACCCAGCUGGCCGUGUUAUCUUUCCUUGCUUUCCUACUCGUCUAUCUUCUCGAUACUCGAUAUAGAGUCCUACCCAAUGCAAUCCAUAAUAGAUUACCUACGCAUCACGACCAACAGAUUAUAACCGAUAUCGAGAUAGCUUCAUGCUUUAAGCUACUUAGUGGGUGUAGGAAAGAUAGUCCUUGGUAUAGAAUUGAAAAGGACUUAUACCUCGAAGAACAUCUUGUUCGUCAUGCUUUUGUCCACGUUAUUCGUAAACACGAGAAGGAAUUAGUGGGCGAUGAACCUGUUGUGUUGGAUAUCAAGGUGUCAAGGAAACAACCAGCUGCUGUGAAGGAUGGCGAGGUUUGGGAACAGAGAACUGGGGGUAUUUGGAUCCUGAGAGGAAAAUUGAGGCACAAUGCUGUUACGGCUGUUGAAGUGCUGUUUGGACCAGAUGCUGAGGAUCCUAGGCUCGAUUGGCAGAUCAAAGACACUCCACUCCGGAUUGGAAAAGAGGCGAGGUUGAGUGUGAGAAUUGGGUCGCCGGAUAGUACAGCGGAGAAGCACAAGAAACCUAAGUUGAGAAUUGGGAAAUCUGGGAAGUUCAAGAUUAUUCAAGUUGCUGACCUACAUCUAUCCACUGGUGUUGGCGACUGUCGAGAUGAGUACCCCGUUAUGAAAAAUACGAAAUGCGAGGCAGAUCCAAGAACAUUGGAAUAUGUUGCAAAGUAUCUUGAUGAAGAAAAGCCGGACCUGGCAGUUCUCACCGGCGACCAAGUCAACGGCGAAUCCUCCCCGGAUGCCCAAACUGCCUUGUUUAAAAUGGCAGAUUUGUUUAUUAAACGGAACAUCCCAUAUGCUACUAUUUACGGAAAUCACGACGACGAAGGUGAUUUAAAGCGUGCCGAGCUGAUGAAAUUGACACAAACUUUACCUCUAUCGCUUUCCGAGCCGGGCCCGGAGACAGUGCCCGGCGUGGGCAACUAUGUAGUGCAAAUUAUGUCCCAUAAGGCAGACCACCCCGCCGUUACCUUGUAUUUCCUCGACAGCCAUUCGUAUACACCGGAUGAGAAACAUUACCCCGGAUACGACUGGAUAAAACCCGAACAAGUCAAAUGGUUCGAAGAUGAACAUGAAAGCCUAAAGCCCAAGAUCAAGCAAUACUCUGGUAUUCAUUUGCAAAUGGCGUUUAUCCAUAUACCCUUACCGGAAUACACGCAUAGCAAAAAUCCAUUUGUUGGACAGUGGCGUGAAGGAGUUACUGCACCUAGAUACAACUCGAACUUUAGCAAGGCGCUAAUGGACGCUGGCGUUGGUGUUGUUACCUGCGGUCAUGAUCAUGCGAAUGAUUACUGCUUGUUGGAGAGGCAGGAAGGACAUCCGAAAUUGUGGAUGUGUUAUGGUGGCGGCGCCGGAUUUGGAGGUUAUGGUGGCUACAAUAAUUACAUUCGAAGGAUACGAAUGUUCGAAAUAGAUGCACCGUCCGGGAGAAUUACUACCUGGAAGAGGACAGAAGUCGAAGACAAAGGCAGGCUCGAUGAGCAGAUAGUUGUUGACAGUGGAAAGGUCCAGGAAUCGUAG